AUCUGCUCGAAAUCUAAGGAUACGACACCAUCGUUUUCUACUAGUUUUCUCCAUCUUUUCUUUGGGGUCCAGAUACGGCGGCGUUGCUGACGGGGUGAUGCCACGGGUGUCUUCUGGUGUGGUGUCCCUCGCCACGCUUGCGCCUUUUCUUUCCACCCAUUUUUCUCCCCUCGCAAUUUUCCGAAAUCCAGCUCGAGAAGUUGGACUAGACGAGAUCAGUCAGUAGCUGCCGCUCAUCAACUCCAUCGCAGUUCUUGCCUGUCCUGUCCUCCCCUCCCCUUUUCCCGUCGGGGGAGAGAUCCGUGCUGCGAUGGACUGCCCUGGCCGAAGCUGCCGGCUGUUCGGCGCCCAGAGAUCGCUGCACGACCUCCUCGGCGGCGGCACCGUGGCGGAUGUGGUGUUGUGGAGGAGGACGGAGGUGGCCGGCGGGUUGCUGGCCGCGGUGGUGGCGUCAUGGGCGCUCUUCUACUGCGUGCCCGGCUACACGCUGCUCUCCUUCGUGUCCCAGGUGCUCAUGAUCCUGCUCACCGUCCUCUUCGUCUGGGCCAAGGCUGCACAGCUGCUCAACAGGGCACUUCCUCCUGUUCCGUUGAUGGAAAUUUCUGAUAAGUCAACAAGUGAAGCAGCAGAAAUAGUGGGUAACUUCGUGAAUAAGGUGCUCCAGGAUUUUGGAAACAUUGCACUUGGGAAGGACUCGAGCCUCUUCUACAAGGUGGCUUUUGUUUUGCUGCUGACUUCCAUAGUUGGCCGAUUGACUGAUCUUAUCACUUUGGUGUAUACAAGUGCUGUUAUUACUCUCACGAUCCCUGCAUUGCUGGAGAAAUCCGAAGAACAUAUUGCCAGAUAUCUCGAGAUAGCUUCAGCAUAUGUUCAGGCAUGUGGGGGAGCAUGCGAAGAGUAUAAAUGUAAGAUGACAAACAGGUUAUUGCAAAAGAAAUUGAGUUGAUAGCGAUGUAGAUUCUCCAAGACAAAAAAAAUUGCCUUGUAAACUAGCCUGUCUUUCGAGGCUAAACAGUUGCGACAUCUACCGAGAUCGUGGUCUGUCUAUAUACUGUAGCCUUGGAAUUGCACACAGCACACCACAAGAGUUCUAGCUUUGGUGAAAUUGUGCUCUUUUUACCAACUUCUUCAGGUGGGAUUUUACCCAUUUCUGGACCUUUCAUCGCCUGAAGCUUCUCAAUGAAAUCCACAUCUGUCGGCUUACUUCA